GCUUGGAAGGUGAUCAUGGAGAAUGGAUUCAAGCUUCUCCUUUCAUGUCCCUCUGGUCUCUCUUCUUCACAGGUGUCAGUGAAUUUCGAUGAAUCGUACGAUAGAGUUCCUCAUCCGGACAUUGACUUAGAGAAGUCCAUUUCUGAGAUAUGGGAUCAAAGGGUUCAACAAAGCACAUCAUUGUUCAAUGGAAAAAAGUUUAGGUAUGGAGGACACAGUGGCGUGGAGCCCCAUGUAUGCCUUCACCUUGGUCUGACAGAUUAUAGGACUUUUGUGGGGUCAAAUUUAAAUCCUUUAUGGGAAAGAUUCCUUCAUCCAUCUGAAGAUGAUUGCAAACAGUGUCAACACACAUCCAGUCCAUUGGGUAACGGUGCAAUUGUAGAGACAUCUGACAAUAAGAUACUUGUGCUCCAAAGAAGUAAUAAUGUUGGAGAAUUUCCUGGAUACCUGGUCUUUCCUGGUGGUCAUCCUGAGCCCGAAGAAGUUGGUAUUUCAUCCCAUAAGUGUCAAAAAGGGUUGCAAAACUCAGAGUUGAUAAACAGUAAAGUUUCUCAGGAGAUGUUUGACAGCAUUGUCCGUGAAGUGGUUGAAGAAAUAGGGGUACCUGCAGCAACCUUGAGUGAGCCCUUAUUCAUUGGUAUAUCCCGCAGGGUAUUGAAUGUCAGACCAGCUGCUUUUUUCUUCAUCAAGUGCAAUCUUGAAUCAACAGAAGUCCAACAAGUCUAUUCCAGUGCACAAGAUAGCUACGAGUCAACAAAACUCUAUACCAUCGAACCGAGUGAGUUGGAGAAGAUGGCGUCCAAAAUGCCCGGCUGCCACCGAGGAGGAUAUGCACUUUACAAGUUGAUGUUAGGAGCUGGGAAGUGAAAACAUUCAAGAUCAGAGAUGGGGGAGGUUGGAGGUUGCCUUUGAGCCCGCAUCAUCAUAAGCGAGACUGAACGCGAGCUCAAGCUCAUACGUGAGGUUGCAUAGACCUGGGUGCGAGCCUGACGUCGAAUUGGCCAAGUUCGGCUCAAAAAUGAAACCCUUCAUAAUGUCAUGUUAGUCAAGUAGCACAAGUACUUGGAUGUAUAAGAACAAGUGAACCUACACUGAAUUGGGUGAGUUUUACAUGACUCUUUUUCUUAACCAAUUAUAAUUGGUAAAUGAAACUAUAUGUUAUAUAUCAACCAA